AUGAAGAUCGCAGACAGAACCUUCCUGAUCAGCGGCGGCGUCUCAGGCCUCGGUCUCGCGACAGCACGCGCCCUCCACGCACAAGGCGCAUACGUCUCCCUUCUCGACCUCAACGCGGACAAUGGCUCGAAAGUCGCCUCUGAGCUCGGCUCGCGCGCAAAAUUCUUCGAAACCGACGUAACAGACACAUCCGCCAUUGCAGCAGCAGUAUCAGGCACGGUAUCCUGGGCCAAAGAAACAGGAAAAGACAUCGGAGGCGUAGUAGCAGGAGCAGGAGUAGGAAUGCCAGGCUUGAUAAUCGACAAGAAGAACGAGCCGUUGAGCAUUGAAAGUAUUGAUUUCGUACUGAAUAUCAAUCUGCGAGGGACGUUGGAUUUGAUACGUCAAACUUUGCCGUACAUGACGACUACCACCCCAUCCAGCCCCGAUGGCUCCCGUGGUGUUAUCAUCAUGAUUGCGUCUUCUGCUGCUUUUGACGGACAAAUGGGUCAGGUUGCUUAUGCUGCGAGUAAAGGUGCUGUUGCCAGCCUCACGCUUCCGCUCGCGCGCGAUCUGUCAAAGUAUGGUAUCCGCGCUGUGACGAUAGCGCCGAGUAUGUUUGAUAGCGCAAUGACGAAGAUGAUGAGCGACAAGGUGAGAAGCAGUUUGGAGAAGAGUAUGGAGUUUCCGAAGAGGGCGGGACUGCCGGAGGAGUUUGCGAGGUUGGUGGUCGAGUGUGUAGGCAAUGAGAUGUUGAAUGGGACGGUUUUGCGAUUGGAUGGCGCGAUGAGGAUGCCGGCGAGGCUGUAG